CUUACAUUCUGACAAAAACCAAAGUUUCUUCUGAGUGGUCACAUCCCAAAUGCGUAUAGAUCGAUUGUCUUCGUCAUUCAUCAUCCCUAGCCUAUUCAGGAUGCUACAUUCUCAUCCCACUUUUGUCGAAUCAAUCUCAAAUACAGUCAAAAGCGCAAUAUGCGGGCUUGAGGAUGAGGCUGGAGGAGGGUGGAAAGCAGCAAAAAUUUGGAAAUAAGACCAUCCAAUGAAAAAUCAGCACGAUUAUAGUUACUACAAAGGAUUUACUCCUAAC